CAUUAAAGAAAAUAUCACUAGCAUUCGGGAAUCACACGCUCGACUGUUCGCACGCAGCGUCGGGAAUUGAUUGUCAUGUUCUUCGUUGUGUCUGCGUUGAGUCAUUUGAAGUAAUUUUCCUGGUUGGAUAGAGCAAACAUGGAUUACCCAAUAUGGACAGUGGUUGUGGUAAUAAUCACAUUUAUAUUUUACAAAGCCAACAGAAGAAGGUAUUAUUUUAAGGAAAGAGGCAUACCACAGCCGUUUGAAUGGCCUUUUGUUGGGAUAUCGGGAUCUAGUAUAUUUAAAGGAAGACACGUCAGUCACACACUCAAGGAUGUGUACAACAUAAACAAAGAAGCCAAGUACGUUGGGUGUCACAUGUUGACCAGCAGAUGUAUUGUUGUGCGUGAUUUGGACUUGAUAAAAAGUGUUCUUGUGAAAAAUUUCGAUCACUUUGCCUACCGCAAGAGUUUUGUCGACGAGAAUGCGGAUCCGUUGUUUGGCAAAAAUAUGUUCUUUAUCAAUGGUGACAAGUGGCGUGACGUCCGAACAUUAUUAAGCCCGGCUUUUACAUCAAGUAAAAUGCGAGGAAUGUUUGGUCCCAUGAACAAGUGUGCCGAUAAUUUUUCACGUCAGUUUUUGGAUAUUUACAAGGAUAAAAAGGAAAUCAAUACCAAAGAUGCUUUUACGAGAUAUGCCAAUGACGUUAUAGCUACAUGUGCUUUUGGUAUUGAAGUUGACAGUUUGAAAGAUAGAGAAAACGAAUUUUACGUCACGGGUAAGAGAUGCACUGAUUUUCAGAAAAUGCCACUAGUGAAAUUGCUUUUCAUGACUGCCUUCCAUAGGUUAUCACAAAUACUUGGUAUGAGAAUAAUAUCGAAAUCUGACACUGAUUACUUUGUUAAAAUUAUCAAAUCUACUAUCAGAACGAGAGAAGAAAAGGGGAUUACGAGGCCAGAUAUGUUACAAAUGAUGAUGGAGGCACGAGAUACAAAAUCGUAUGAGAGUUUGCUCGACAUCACUGCACAGGCUUUUACAUUUUUUCUCGGUGGCUUUGAAAGCACUGCUUCUCACAUGUGUCUAAUAGCCAACGAGCUUGCAGCUCAUCCAGACAUCCAAAAACGCUUACAAGAUGAAGUUGAUGCUGCAAUGGAGAAAUGCAAUGGGAAACCAACGUAUGAAGUCGUAAAUAACGAUAUGCCGUACAUGGAUGCCGUUUUUAGUGAGACAAUGAGGUUGUAUCCAGUAAGUUUUCUCGGUCGAGUAGUGUCCAAGGACUUCGAGCUGCCACCAGCUUUACCAGACUCCAAACCGUUUGUGGCAAAAGAAGGGCUGGAAGUUUUCAUACCAUCUUCCGCUAUUCACCUAGAUCCGGACUAUUACGAGGAUCCCGAGACAUUCAAUCCAGAUAGAUUUUUGAAUAAAAAAAUAACAACCUUUGAUGUCACGAAUUUGGGCUUCGGGAUGGGUCCGAGAGUGUGUAUAGGAAAUCGUUUUGCUAUUCUUGAAACGAAGAUUUUAUUUUUGCACCUUUUGACAAAGUGUAAUCUGGAACUGUGCAAAAAAUCACCAGUACCUUUUGAAUAUGAUAAAUUUAGUUUUGUACCAAAUGCAAAAAAUGGAUUUUGGUUAAAAAUAAGUCCCAGAAAGUAGUUUUCCUGUGAUAUGUCAUAUAAGUAAUAUCAUCUAAGAACCUUGUAUUACUUGAUACUUAUAGUAACAAAAUUGUAAAAAUAAUGCGAGUUUAAUGUAAGUAUGUCGUUUCACUCAUGAUAGUUAAAUUAAAUGAUGUGUAAUUCUUAUCAUACUCAUGUUUUUUUAACGUGAUAGUAAUGUAUAUAAAACUUGUGUUGUAAUAUUUUUUAGCAAAGCAUCACUUAGAGAAUAAAUUUUAUUGAAUACA